CUCUCUCUUUCUCUCUCUCUCUUCUGUCCAUCUCUUCCUCCCUAUUCCCUCUCUCUCUCUCUCUCUCUUUUUACUUGACAUAGAUCAAUUCAAAAACCCUCAAAACAAUCAUAGUUUCGUCUAUUCCCCAAUCUCUAAAACUUCCCAUCAUAUUUUCUAUCGCCUUCUCUUUUCUCAUUUUUUCUUUUGGGUGUUUUCUCCUGUAUUUUUGUAUAAAUAAGGUACAGAGCUGUGGGCUUGUGAGCUGCAAAGAUGAGCGGAGGUGGGUUUAGGGUUUCAAUCUCAAGCGGUAUGAGGGAGGUGAUCCAAAACAUUAAGGAGGUCACUGGAGACCACACUGAAGAGGAGAUUUAUGCAAUGCUCAAGGAUUGUGCCAUGGAUCCCAAUGAAACCGUUCAGAAGCUUCUCAUGCAGGAUCCCUUCCAUGAGGUUAGAAGGAAACGUGACAAGAGAAAAGAGCAUUUAAGCAACAGAGAUUCUGCUGAACCACGGUGGAGACCUGGCAUGCAGGGGCAAGGAAGUAGGGGUGGUCGAGUGAAUUAUUCAUCUCGUCAUACAUCUCAUGGUGGUGGCAGGAAUUCUGCUCCUGCAAAGGAAAAUGGAAUCAGUCAAAUUUCAGAGAAAGGUAUUGCUCAACCAACCUCUCAGGAGAUGAAAAAUAAAGAAACAACUGCUAUAGCAAGCUCUAUAACUGUCAUGGCCGAUGGUCCAGCUGUUACCACCACUGGGAAUACUAGUGUUGUACACACUUCUCAUUCUACUGUAGCGAGUGAUGUCAUCCAUGCUGAUUUGAGUGCAUCCACUGAUGCUAAUAAAUUGGGGAAUUCACCUUCGCCUUCUAUUGAUGCAAACAAAAACCCUAGCAUUGCAUUUGGAACUGGGGAUACAUGUGGGCAGCCCACACCAGGCUCCAGUAACUGCUCAGCUUCUGUAACUCCAGCAUCUUCUUCAGGAGGCUAUUUUUCUGCUUCAGAUCCUGUGCUUGUGCCUUCUCAUGAUUCACGGAUCUCUCAUGCUGUUGGUACGAUUAAGCGUGAAGUAGGGAGCCAACGAACUCCUGUUGAAAAUAAUGAAAUUACCCAUGCUGAAAGUAGAUCAGCUGCAGUGGCAGCUUCUGAGACCGGGAGCUCCUUCUUGCAAGGAAAGAUGCCUGGCAAAUCCCCAGGAGUUGGGAAGAAUCACCUUGUUGAGUCAUCACAACCUUCACCCUCAUUGACACAUGCUGGCUCCUCAGUUAAUAGGCCUUCAUCGAAUUACAAUACCAGGCUGCAACAAGUAAUUGGCCCUCAAAAAGUGGGUCCUGGUAUGGAAUGGAAACCAAAGUCAACAAACCCUAAUCUUGUUCAAAGCUCUGGAGCAGCUGUUACUUCUGAGAUUCCCUCUGUUUCAGCUGAAUCUGGCACCCAGACACAGCCUGUAUCAAGUGACCUUGAUUCAGAAGAAGCAAAUCCAAAACCGCAGAAAAAGCUAGAGGGGUUACAUUCUCGAGCUCGUCGUCAUGUUAUCAUUCCAAACCAUAUCCAUGUUCCUGAAGCUGAAAGAACCGGGUUGAAUUUUGGAAGCUUUACUACUGGUUUUGGAGUAUCCCUAAUUGAUGCCUAUGAUCCUGAGAGUGACAAAACCUCUACCCCUCAGUCUGAAACUUCUCAGGGGAUAGAAGAAACUGUGGAGGAACAUUCUUCAAGCAAUCAAAAUGUAUUGGCAACGGCUGAGGAAGGGGAUUAUCCAGAUCAUCCAGAGUCACCUCCACAUGUGUCAGAAAAUAUAUCUUCUGGAGAGGGUGAUAUCUCAUCCAGUUCAGUCCCAGAAUAUGAUUCCAAGCAGGAAAUAGCAUUGCCACCUGGAGGUCAUCAAUACUCUACGGUUCAUACUUCUCCAAACUACAGUUUUGGUUUUGUGCCGCCAAUUUUAGGGAGCCAACUUGCACCGUUUGAAAGUUCUGAGUCUCAAGCACGUGAUGUUACUCGCCUUCCAAGCUUUGUAGUUCAGCCACAAUUUGAUCCUGCAAGCUACUAUGCCCAAUUUUACCGCUCUGGUUCUGAUAGUGAUGGUCGCAUUUCUCCCUUUCAGUCACCUGGAGUUGUUCCCAAGUACAAUGGGAAUGUUGCAGUGUUAUCUCCACAGACUUCACAGUCUCCUCAAGAGGGUGGGAACUCUCUGGUUCUGUCUACGGCUGGUGCAACUCCACUAGUAACUCAGUCUGCUGGUGUCAUGCAGAGCUCUAUUGCUGUGACUCAACAACCAGUCCCUGUGUUCCGACAGCCUGGUGUGCAUAUACCCCAUUAUCCUCCAAACUACAUUCCAUAUGGCCAUUACUUUUCUCCAUUUUAUGUUCCUCCUCCGGCCAUCCACCAAUUUUUAGCCAAUGGUGCAUUUCCUCAUCAACCUCAGGCUGGUGGUGUAUAUCCAGCUCCACCCAAUGCAGCUGCUGCAGGAGUCAAAUAUUCACUUCCACAAUACAAGCCAGGGACUAAUACUGGAAACUCAGCCCACAUGGGAAUGCCAGGUGGCUAUGGACCAUAUGGUUCCUCUCCAGCUGGCUAUAAUCCUAGCUCAGCUGCAGCAGCUGGGAACUCAACUGCUAAUGAGGAAAUUGCUGCAUCCCAGUUCAAGGAAAAUAGUGUUUACAUCACUGGCCAGCAGAGUGAAGGUUCAGCAGUCUGGAUUGCUGCACCAGGUCGAGACAUUUCUGGCUUGCCGGCAAGUUCUUUCUACAACCUCCCCCCUCAGAGCCAGCAUGUAGCUUUCACCCCAACACAGGGUGGUCAUGGCCCAAUUGCCGGUAUCUAUCACCCUGCACAAGCAGUGACAGCAACUGUUCAUCCACUUCUGCAACAAUCUCAGACAAUGGCCGGUGCUGUUGAUAUGGUGGGACCUACAGGCAGUGUCUAUCAGCAGCCCCAGCAUGCACAAAUCAACUGGCCCAAUAACUACUGAGGGGAAGCUUCCUAUUUUCCAUAGUGAACCAACAAAACAGGAAAUUCAAGUCCAAUCUUCAGAUUCUUUUUGGAACUCUGGCAAAUUUGGAUGGAGGGAAAGAUCAAGAAGACACCACAUUGGCCAGGUUUGAGAGUGUACAUCUAUGAAAGGAGCCUGGACAAAAAUUUGCCAGUAGUAUCUUCUGAUUGCUUGGUUUGAGGAUAUAAAAGGUGAAAUCCGCCUGUAACUGAUAUUGACCAUUUAAGUUAGUUGAGGUAGGUACUUGCAGGUCUUCUGUUUCUUGCUAGUGGUAUAUGGUAUCCCCCAUUCUUCCCCUCAUAAUUCCCGCCAGGCUCUCCUCUGCCCCAUCCAUUUGAAAACUUGUGAAACUCUUGUAGAAUUACUGUGAGUGUUGAGAAUCUUUGUUUCCCCUUUUUUUCUUUCUUUCUAUUCGAGGUUUUCAUAGACUCUCUGGAAGGUAAGAUAUAGGUUGGUGGGGGAUUUUUCACUACCUUUUUUCUUCUGUCUAUCUGCUGUCUUACCUGUAAAGUGAAUUUUGAUAGCAAGAAAAGGAUGUACCCAACUGUUGUAAUUGGUAUAAGGAAAAACAUCAUUUCUAUUGUUUCA